AUGAACGCGCCGAAGCGAAGCGCCGUGACCAAGACGUGGGCGCCCGUGCGCACGCACGCCGGCAUCUACACGGGCGGGAAGGUCGAGCUCAUGGGCGACCUCCUCGCCUGCAUGCUGCAAGAGGACGUGGCCAUCGUGGACGCGGCCACGGGCGAGCUCCAGUUUGCGUUGCAGGCCGACGUGCCGGACGAGCAGAAGGAGUCGAUCGUGACCUUUGCGUGGCGGCCCAAGCACCGCCAGCUCGUGACCGCGAGCCGCAACUCGCUCCUGCGCCUCUGGGACAUUGACACCAAGACAUGCCUGCGCACGAUCAAGACGGCGGACUCGCCGAUCCUGUGCAUGGACUUUGACCCGACCGGCACGCUCGUGGCCACGGGCGGCAGCGACCGCUCGGUCAAGGUGUUUGACAUUGAGAAGGGCUUUUGCACGCACAGCUUCAAGAAGCACACGGGCAUCGUCACGCUCGUCAAGUUUCAUUGGGACCCCAAGCAGCUCCUCGUCGCGUCCUCGAGCGACGACUCGACGGUGCGCGUGUGGGACCUCUACGCGCAGAAGGAAGUCGCGUGCAUCAAGGACCACAUGAACCCGGCGACGACCGUGGCCUUUGCCCUCGAUGGCUACACGCUUCUGUCUUCGGGCCGCGACAAGGUCAUCAACUUUUGGGACCUCCGCCAGCAAAAGCUGCUGCAGACGGUGCUGGCGCACGAGCCCGUGACAGGCCUUGUCGUGCUGCCGUCCGAGUCGGGCAUCACGUUCAUCACGGCGGGUGAGAAGGGCCAGCUCAAGCGCUGGGUCUCGAACGGCGCGGCGUGCAGCGUCGUCGCGACGCAGGCCAAGGAGGACGCGCGCGUUAAGUACACGGACUUGCUCGUGAACGCAGACUCGUCCGAGCUGAUUGCGGUGACGGCCGAGCACAACUUUUUGCUCUUUGGCGCCGCCGACCUCGUGCGCUCGCGCCAGAUCAUCGGCUUCAACGACGACAUCCUCGCGCUCAAGUUUGUGCCGACGGCGGACGGCGCCGGCCUCUCGGAGCACGUGGUCGCGGCGACCAACUCGGAGCAGAUCCGCGUCAUGCACCGCGAGACGCUCUCGUGCGAGCUUCUUUCGGGCCACACGGACAUUGUGAUGGCGCUCGCCGUGAGCCCGGACGGCAAGUACCUCGUGUCGGCCUCGAAAGACGGCACGGCGCGCGUCUGGGACCUCCACACGCACGCGUGCGUGGCGGUCGGCGUGGCCGGCGCCGAGUCGCUCGGGUCGAUUGCGAUCGCACAAAAGCUGCACCACUACAGCAACCACAGCGCGUUCUUCGUCACGGGCUCGACCGACAAGACGAUGAAGCUCUGGAGCCUUGGCCCAGUGCUCGCGGACGGCGGCGCGUCGACGUUGUCGCUCUCGGCCAUGGCGGCCACCAAGGCCCACGAGAAGGACGUGAACGCGCUCGCGAUCGCGCCCAACGACCGCUUCAUUGCGAGUGGCUCGCAGGACAAACUCAUCAAGAUUUGGAACGCGUCGAAUUUGGCGCUGAUCGGGACGUGCCGCGGCCACAAGCGCGGCGUGUGGGCGCUCGAGUUCUCGCCGGUCGACCAGUGCUUGGCGAGUGCGAGCAGCGACAAGACGGUCAAGCUCUGGAGCCUCAAGGACUUUUCGUGCCUCAAGACGUUCGAGGGCCACACGGCGUCGGUGCUCAACGUGCAGUUUGUGUGCGCCGGCAUGCAGCUCGUGUCGGCGGGCGCCGAUGGCAUCGUGAAGCUCUGGACCAUCAAGACGAACGAGUGCGAAAACACGCUCGACGAGCACGCGGAUAAGAUCUGGGCGCUUGCGGUCGCGAAGGACUCGUCCGAGAUGAUCACGGGCGGCGCCGACUCGACGAUCCACAUUUGGCACGAUUUCACCGAAAUCGAAGAGGAAAAGGCGCUUGCGGACCGCGACGCCAAGCUCCUCAAGGAGCAGGAGCUCUUCAACUGUCUCCGCAGCCAGGACUACCUCCAGGCCGUCAAGAUUGCGUUUGAGAUUGCGCACCCGUUCCGGCUCAUGACGAUCCUGCGCGACCUCAAGGAAGGGCCCAAGGGCACCGAUAUUGCGGCGGCGUCGGACGGUCAUGUGUACGACGACGUGGUCCGCGGCCUCGACGACGCCAACCUCGGCCAGCUGCUCGAGUGGCUGCGCGACUGGAACACCAACAGCAAGCACGCGUCGGUCGCACAGCUGCUCCUCUCGAGCCUCCUGCGCCUCGUGCCGCCGAGCCGCUGGUCCAAUAUCCCGCACGCGGCCAAGACGCUCGACGGGCUCAUCGCGUUCUCGGAGCGCCACUACCAGCGCAUGGACCGCAUGCUCUGCAAGUCGUACCUCGUGGACUUCACGAUCGUCUCGAUGCAAAAGCUGCUCCCGGCCGCGCUGGCGGACGACGUCGAGGAGCUGGCGCCGCCGGCCAAGAAAGCCAAAAUUUAA